AUGGCAAGAAAAGGUGAUUAUUUACUUCGAUCUUUAAACAUUCUAGCCCUCUUGAUUUCAUUGGCUAUGGUGGUUCAAGUUUCUGAUACAUGGGAAAUCAUCGAUUUCUAUGACAAUGCGAUCGAAUUGUGCAAGCUUCUUACAAGUACCAAUCCUCAUAUUAGGAGUGCCUCUUUUGGUUAUAUCGAUCCUAGGAUUGAUGGCUUUGUUUUGUCGAGCAACGCCCCUUCACCAAGUGUAUACGUGGGCAAUGUUUUUGCUUGUCAGUAUCAAGAAGUGUUUAAUCGAGGCCAGAGUUUGUCAGGACUAUGCCGAAAAGUCCUCUGCCUUACAUGUCGAUGUCUUGCUGGGAUGUUGCUUCUUGUUGAGUCAGGCCGCUGCAUGCCACCAAAUAAUUGUGGGUACAAGUUCAAGAAUGCGACAUUUUGGGAUGCCCUGAAAUCAAGCCUGGGUUCUAAAGGUGAUGAAUGCCUUUCAAGGAAGAAUAGCUAG